AUGGCGAAGUUUGGGAGACUCGACCCUGCGACCCAGGAGUCGCCUGACUCUCCUGACUCUCCCCCAGACACCCCCGCCAUCAACCAUCACCCCCUCGUCGUGGUCGACCAUCAUUCUCACGACGAGGUUGCAGCAGACGAGGGCUGGACAGUGCAGCGCUCCAGAAGACGACGCAAAUCUGACAGCGACUCCCUCUCCCCUCACCAUCGCAGAGAUCCGAGGAGGAUUUCACCGGAAAGGAGUCCCAGGGUGGGCAUCGAACCGGAAAGGCCCGCUGGAACAAAAUCUCCCACCCCCGCCACCUACUUUCUCAAAAACCUGCCCGAAAAAACGACAAAUAAGACUCUGUCCCUGCAAAUCAGGGAACACAUCAGGGACUACAGCGGCACGCUUAACGUCUUCAGGGACGGAAGGACCGCUAAACUCACGGCAGACAAACAGUACGACGUAAACUACUUGCAGAGAACCCUUCGGCAGUUUCUCCCAACCAAUGUCAUCGUGAAGAAAAAAGUAACCAGGCCGAUCGCAGGCCCCUUGCCGAAGCCCAAACCCCCAUCGUUUAGUGCAGUAAUAAAGGAUGUGUACUUCGAUGUUGACAAGGAUGACGUGAUUUCUGAGCUGAAACUUCAGGGCCUAGAAAUCAGCGCAGCAUGGCGCAUCAAGUCGCGCAAAACAGGAAGAUUUGGCCCGAUGUUCAGGGUCAUCUCCCUCAACCAGAAGCAUAUUGACUUUAUGCUCGAAAACGGCGUGCACAUUUUCUUAUCGCACCACAAGGUCGAACCCUCAAAUCCUCCAAAACCCCAACCCAUACAGUGCCAGAGGUGCCAACAAUUUAACCACCACACAAAAGACUGCUCAGCCACCCCAAAAUGCAGUCGCUGCGGCGGCAACCACCAUCUCACCGAAUGCACCAGCGACGACCGCUCCACCCCUUCCUGCGCAAACUGCGGAGGACCACACUCCGCUAAGUCCUUCAAGUGCAAGGAAAGGCCUCCAACAGCCUUAAAUGAAAGACUUCAGGCCCCUCUUCAGCUGGCCGACACCUCACAAGGAGAAGUCAUAAAUAUCGAGGACUUCCUGAAAGUCAUGACUUUCUCCCUAACCAACCUCUUCCAAGGCCGCAAAGAGGAGGUAAUACAAUUCGACAAGUGGCCCAGCGCUUCUUCGACAAGGACGUCAUAUACAACCAAACUGGACAACAAGUGA